AUGCCUUUGUAUACCGUCGGCGUUUUUCUGACUCUACUUUCUAUCGGACUAACCACUAUUACUCUACUCAACUAUCUACGCACAAGGCAUCGUCUCCCCUUGCCCCCCGGUCCUCCCAGAUGGCCAAUCAUAGCCAACCUAUUUCAAGUACCCAUUCACAAUCGGGCGGAGGUGUUUCACCUCUGGAGCACGAAGUACAAAUCCGAUGUUAUAUAUUUCUCAGCUGCAGGCUUGCCAAUCUUGGUUCUCGAUACCGCAGAUGCAGCAAUUGAGCUACUUGAGAAACGAUCUUCGAUCUAUUCGAGCAGGCCAGUGUUUACCUUGAUGUGCUCAACCAGGAUCUUGUUGCUCACAAUAUCUAUGACCUUCUCAGGUGAUGCCUGGAGACGACAGCGGAAGAUUUUUCACCAAGAGUUCAGCCGAAGCACUAUCGCCCACUUUAGACCGCACGAGCUUGCCGGAUCACGCAUGAUGUUACGAAACCUUCUGCACUCCCCUCAGAAAUUCGAGGCACACAUCAAGCACUUUGCCGGAUACUUAAUACUGCUUCUUGCCUAUGGGAUCGAAGUCCAUUCUAGUAACGACCCUCUCAUUGUCACAGCUGAACGCGCCAUGGAAGGAAUAAUUGUGGCGACGCUUCCUGGCCGCUUCCUGGUCGAUUUCAUACCAUUACUACGCUACGUACCUCCUUGGUUUCCUUUUGCGAACUUCAAACGAUUGGCAGUUGCAUGGAGACUCCACAUGAACGACGUGCUCAACAAGUCUUUUGAUAUGGCAAAGAAGUCCAUGUCUUCUUCUUCUGCCAUACCCUCCGUUACAUCUCAUGGGCUUGAAGCUAUCGAGGCGGAGGAUGGCCAAGACCGUGCAAGCAUGGAGCUUGACUUACAGAAGGCAACUGUAUCAUCUUUGCAGUCAUUCUUCCUAGAGAUGACGCGCCGUCCAGAUAUACAGGAAAGGGCACAGCGUGAGAUAGACGACUUUGUGGGGAGCGAUAGACUCCCCUCCUUCGACGACGAAAAUUCGUUGCCCUAUGUGACAGCACUUCUUAAAGAAAUCCUGAGAUUCAGCCCUGUGGCUCCCUGUGCUGGUCUCCGCGAGCUUACGGCGGAUGAUGUCUACAAAGGAUAUCACAUGCCCGCAGGGUCGGUCGUGUUGGUGAAUGUAUGGGCAAUAUUGCAUGACCCAAUCGAAUAUCCUGAACCAGAGCGAUUCAAUCCUGACCGUUUUUUGAAGGACGGAAAGCUCAAUCCGGAAGUCAAAGACCCCGCGACUGCAGCAUUCGGCUUUGGUCGACGUAUUUGUCCUGCGCGCCACAUGGCCAUGUCAUCGAUGUGGAUCGCUAUGGUCUCGAUCCUUUCCUGCUUUGACAUCCGAAAAGCUGUCGACGAGAAAGGAGUUCACAUCGAGCCAUCGGGAGAAUACACCUCGGGGAUCGUCACGCAACCCUUGCCUUUCAAGUGUUCAAUAAGACCGCGUUCUCCUAAGCAUGCAGCCUUGAUCAUGGCCUGA